AUGUCUCCCAUCGACCUCGUAAACGAUCUUCAGAAACUUGUUGUUUCCACGUUUUCCGGCGAGGUUACCGACCCGUUCGAAGUGUACAAGGCAAAGCACAAAAUCUCCGAUCUUUGUCUUGCACUUUUGCGAUCUGUCCAAGGCCCUGAAGAGUAUACGGCCAUCUUAGCUGAAUCAUGUCAAGAGUCCUCCGCUUUGAACGUUAUCACGUCUCUGAACGUAGCAGACCACAUCGCUGAAUCUCCAAAUGGUCAGCUGAGCUUGACAGAACUCAGUAAGAAAGUCAAGGCAGAUGAGCAAUACCUUAGUGUUAUGUUGAGCUCGCUUGCGUAUCACGGCUAUUUCGUUGAAGUUGGGGGCUUCGGCUCUCAGGUGUACGCCAAUAACGAAUUCAGCAACAUUCUCCUUUCAGAAACCACACACGCCAAAGAUGGAAAAAGCAUGAAGGAUGCAGUCGGCCUGGCUGCAGACGAUGGAGCGAAGUCCACCACUCGUCUAUUGGAAGCUGCCACAGGGAAAGGAAAGGAAAGCUCAAAAACAGCAGCCAACAUUGCGUUCGGUUUCGAUGGCAGCGUAUUCCAGUGGAUGUCCUCUCCAGGGAAUGAAUGGCGAGGAAAGAGGACUGCAAAGGCAAUGGUCCAACUUCACGGAAUGGCUAAUGGAGAGAUAGGCGAAGAUUAUUCCUGGGAGAAGCUCGCGACGCCAAUUAUCGAUAUUGGAGGGGGCAUCGGAUCCUUUGAAGGAGUAGUGCUUUCUGCUCCCAAAAACAGAGACUUGACCUUCAAGAUUUUUGAUAUCGAAAAGACAGUGGAACACGCGAAGAAAGUAUGGAGCGGAAAGCCACAGUGGAUGCAGGAACGUGUGUCGUUUAUCGCAGGCGAUUUCAUGCAGUCCUCUCCCGCCGACAGUAAGAUCCCCACCCCCGCUGAAGGCGCAGGCACCUACGUGAUCCGUCAUGUCCUGCACGAUUGGAACGAUGACCAGGUCGUCACCAUCCUUACACACGUUCGGAACGCUAUGCUCGGAUCACCGCCGCCAACCACGUCGACCCCACCGCCUAGACUUCUCCUCGUCGAGAUGAUGCUAACUGAGACCUCGUCGCGUUUCACGAGAACGACUUCAUUACAGCUGCUUUCCUUGAGCGGCGGCGUGACACGCACAGAAGUCCAAUUCCGCAAGCUUAUCGCUCAAGCAGGGUUCAUUGUCGAGAAUGUCACCGCAGUCAGGGGCGUAGAUCUGAUUGUUGAAUUGAAGCCGACGCCACUUUAA